UGAGAUAUCUGCGUCUCUUUUUUUCUUAAAGUCCCCCCCGACUUGGAUAGUUUCUCAUGAAUCUUUGCCAGCAAGGAUUGGGCUCCCUCCGCCCGCGCACCCACGACCCAUGACUUUUCUGAACAAACAUCCUUUCAGCGCAUCCAACUUUAGAGCACGAACUUUCCCUGGAAGCAAGCCAUGGCGCCAUCCGAGUCUCAUUUCGAAUUCUCUACAGUAACAGGGUACUUCCUCCAGGACGAGGAUUCCACCGACCCAGCUACGUUCGAUUAUGUUGCGUCCAACUUCGGCCUCAUUUCUCGCACGUAUGACUCUGAUGCGGAAUUCGACCCAGAUGGCCAAAAGACACAGUGGGAGCGACUCGCAUAUACGAUUGACAAGAUGAACCGCGAAAGUAAUCCCGACGUAUGCUUUAAACUGCUCUUCCUCGGACGCCACGGAGAGGGCGUUCAUAAUGUCGCUGAGAGCCGAUACGGAACAGAGCUUUGGGAUUGCUACUGGUCCCUCCAAGACGGCGAUGAACAUGGAAAUUGGGUAGAUGCCCGUCUCACCGAGCUAGGUAUCGCCCAGGCCCAAAUCGCCCACGAUGCCUGGGAAAAGCAAGCCCGGCAUAAAAUCCCCGCGCCACAGUCUUACUACGUUAGUCCGUUAAAUCGCUGUCUCGCGACGGCCAGUGUCACGUUCAAGGGACUGCUGGGUCUUCCUCACACUGAGCCGUUUCGCCCUAUUAUCAAAGAACUCCUCCGCGAAACCCUAGGCCUACACACCUGCGACAGCCGCUCCCCCAAAUCCGCCAUCUCAGCCGAAUACCCCGACUUCCAAUUCGAAUCCGGCUUCAGCGAAGAAGACCCGCUCUACGAUGCGAAACUCCGGGAGUCCAACUCCGCUCGAGACGCGCGUCUCCGAGACCUGCUGCUGGAUAUCGUUGCGCGGGACGGAAACACUUUUCUCUCGCUGACGGCGCAUUCGGGCGCGAUCACUAGUAUUUUGAAUGUCGUUGGGCAUCGCGAGUUUCCGUUGGCCACUGGGGCGGUGAUUCCGGUUUUGGUGAGGGGGGUGAGGCGACUGGGACCGGCGCCGGAGAUGCCUGGUGAGCCGUGGUUUCCUGCGCCGGAGUGUCGGGUUGGGUUCUAAGUCUGGAAAAAAACAGAUAUGAUGUUUGGGUAGAUAGUUGAGAAUAUAUUCUGGGGGUAGUGGAAGGUGGGACGAAACGUAAAACAUAGAGAUGGAUGAUAUGGUGUGGUGGUUCUCAAGUCUAGAUGAAUUGUGGUAAUGUCAUGUAUAUUCAAUAUUGUACAUAUUCGAGCGUGGUUUUUAGAACCAGAGCUCGAUGAAGGAAAUUUUCGAGUUGUCCAUCAAACCACAACUAGAGGCGCGUGAGUAUGAGUAUGCAAAGGGAAAAAAAAAAAGAAAAAGAGGUAGUAGGAGUGAUAUCCGGCCAAAUGGAGUGCUUCCCAA